GGACACUGGGAGUGAGCGGGAUCCAGUCAGCUGUUCAGCAGCCACAUGGUUCAUGCAACCAGGCUGGACUAGACAGAGCAGAGCAGAGCAGGGUUCUCCGGUUAGGCGGUCGCAAAUCCGCACCCACACGAACGCAGCAAGUGUAUUUUUAUUUGCCACACGGCUUGAAUUUCUCCACCAGUUUAGAGGUGGAGACUCGUUGCUCCUUAUUUAACCAGAACAUGAAAGGUUCCUGGGCAGACCGUACCGCUCUGCACGAAGCAGCGUCCCAUGGCAGGGCCCUCCAGCUGAAGCAGCUCAUAGAAAGCGGGGCCUCUGUUAACAUGGUGACUGUGGAUAACAUCACUCCGCUACACGAAGCCUGCAUACAGGCUCAUCCAAACUGCGCCCGGCUGCUGCUGGAGGCCGGAGCUCAGGUGGACAUCCGGACCAUCCACGGCAGCACUCCUCUCUGCAACGCCUGUGCUGCUGGCAGCCUGCAGUGUGCGAAGCUGCUCUUGGAGUACGGAGCCAAAGUGAACCCAUCUCUAACGGCCUUAACUGCGUCUCCGCUCCAUGAGGCCUGCAUCCAGGGUAAUGUUGAAGUGGUGAGGCUGAUGAUAACCAGUGGUGCCAAUCUGGAAGCCUUUGAUGUCCACUUCGGGCCUCCCCUUCACAUAGCAUGUGCUAAAGGGCGCGUGGAGUGUGUCAAGGAGCUGCUAAAAGCAGGGGCCAAUGUGAACUCGGUGAAGUUCCACGAGACGGCUUUGCACCACGCUGCUCGAGUCCACCUGGUGGACAUGAUCGAGCUGCUGGUGGAGUUUGGAGCCAACGUGUACGCCAGCGACAAUCUUGGAAGAAAGCCCAUCGACUACACAACACCAUCGUCCCCCGCUUACUCCUGCCUCGGGUUUUAUGAAAGUAAUCCUCUGAACCUUCAGCAGCUUUGCAGGAUUGUCUUGAGGAGGAUGCUGGGUACCAGAGCCUCGGACGUCAUGGACCGGCUGCACCUCUCCCGCCGCAUCUACAGCUACCUCCAGUUCUGCGAUCACUCUUGAAGAAUUCUUCAAUCAAUCGUCCUGAAAGUGCAACUGUGUUCAGUCUAAAUGUGUUGUGUGCAUUCAAUUUAGGUAAAUUGAAAAAUCUCAUGUUAAGAAAUAAUUGUUAACACAAUCACUCAAUGCCUCUUAUGUUCACUUGAAAAUAAAUGUAACUGAAUCUU